GGGGGAAAACAAUAAAUAAUACAGGAAAUAUGGUUAUCACAUAACGCAGCUAAACCGCAGCAGUUGCCACAAUGAGUCUCAAUCUGGGGGGCUGGAUCCACAGCUUCACCGUAACGGACACGCAGCAGCACAAAGGAGGAUACACCAUUUACAAGAUUACCUCGAUCGUUUUCCCACGGUCGGUGCCCCAAGCUCUCACUUGUCUGGUUGUGUGGAAGCGCUUUCACGAGAUCAAGCGGCUGCACCGAGAGCUGAGUCGCCGGCACAAGAGUCUCCAGCUACCCGGCAAGCUGCCCGUGCCCACGGACAGCAGCUACUUUAAGCGCUUCGAUGCGGUUGUCAUCCAACGUCGCAAGGAAUACAUCCUGCAGCUGCUGGAUUUUGCGGCUCAGCAUCCCGCCCUCUACAAGUGCAGCACCUUCACCCACUUCUUCAGUGAGGCGCACUCGCCGAACGGUUCCCCCUUGAAGAAGCUCUAUGUGGAGCGCUCUUUGAAACUCAAGACCACUGGGGACACUGAUUGUAGCUGCAGUGGAACAGGAGCUGGCAGCGUGACUGAGCCGGGGGCAGGAGCCAUAGCUGACAUUUGCGAUAAGCUUGAUCUGCCUUAUGAUCCGCACAACGCUGGCGGCAUCUUGCCAUUGGAUCCGCGAUGCGAUAAAGAGCAGCAGCAGCAGUCUCUAAGCUGCAACGAUGAACCGGACGCCAAGGAAGCCAAAGCCGAGACAGACGCCGAGUCAGAGCCAAAGACAAAGCCGGAUGAGGGGCAGGCCAAGCGGGACUACCUACGACUACUCACGCCCAUGGCCUCCAUCGAGAGCGAUGACAGCGACUACAUCUACGAGGCGGCUCUGGAGUUCAGUCACGCCGUCCAGGCGGAGGUGAAUCUCGAGUACGCCGAGGCACAUGAGCGCUACAAGCACGGCGUGGAUCUGCUGCUCGUCGGGGCCAAGCACGACUCGAACGAAGAACGCAAGUUCAUAGCCAAAGCGAAGAUAUCAAAGUACCUGGCACGCGCCGAGGAGAUACACGCCAACUUCCUGGCCAACUCCGCCAAGAAACUGCACUUCCAGCUGUCCUUGGAUAUGGCAGACAGCACGAGUGUCGCGCAACUUGAGUGCUCCUGGAACCAGCUGGCCAAGUAUAAGGUGGUGCAAGUUCUCGACGAGCGGGUGAUGCAGGUGCAGUGCAUCACCGAGCCCCAGCAGCCGGCGGCCAUAAUGAAGGGCAUUGAGAAGCCGGCCAGCCACUCGCUCACCCAGAGUAUUUUCCUGCCGCAGCAGGUGCCUUACAUGGCCCAGUUGUUGGCCUACUUUCAGUCGGACCAGAAGAUCUUCCUGCUGCUGAGGCAGGCCGAGGGUGGACGCCUGUACGACUAUCUGCAGAGCUACACUCCCACGGGAGCCAAGACCAUCAACUAUGGCGAGCUUUUUCCAGCGGACAAGGAGGUGGAGCAGGAGCAGCCCCUCACCGCCGACAGCGAUGUCAGCGAUCUAGUGCGUAGCUCCCAGCAGCUGCUCAAAUCGGUUUCCCAUACCCUCAGCAAUCUGCAGGCCGGCGUUCUCACGCCCAGGCGACAGAAGGCGGCUGCAGCUGGGGUCCAUGUCCGUGUCCUUCCCGAGCAGUGCCUGCGGCAGUGGGCCUGCGAGCUGGCCAUAGCCAUCCACAGUCUCCACGGCAAAGGUGUGAUUCUGCGGGAUCUGCACAUGAACAACAUCCUGCUGGGCUCCAAGGGGCAGCUACUGCUUACGUAUUUUUACCAAAACGAAGGCCUCAGCUCCGACGACAGCUAUGUGCACAAGGCUUUAAGCCUGGAGGCCAUAUCGAAUCAUUUUGUGGCCCCCGAGCGACCUCUGAGUUUCCGCUCCGACUGGUGGAGCUAUGGUGUGGUGCUCUACCAGCUUCUGCUGGGAGUGCCCUACAAGUCCACGCAUCCUGGCCAACUAGAACUCUAUGGUUGUGUGCAGUACCCCAGCGAAUCUCUGGACAUCUCUGAUCAUGCCCGUGACUUGUUGGAGCAGCUGCUGCAGCUUAGUCCGGAGCUGCGUCUGGACUAUGAGCAGCUGCAGGGGCAUCCCUUCUUCAAGGGCAUCGACUGGCAGGCGGUUCUGAAAAGUGGCAUAUAAGGACACGAUAACGAUG